UACAAAACGAGCCAAGGGGCCAAGGGCUAUUAACACCACAAGAGGAAGAAGAGGAAGACGCAGAAGAAAACAAGACAAUUACCAAAUACAUUUCCCUUAUUCCCUGAGCUAUUCUGCUGUGUGAAGUUCAGAGAGAGAGAGAGAGAGCGAUGGUGAAAUUUGCAGAGGCAGAGAAGAGAGGGCGAGGGGGUGAGGGCAGUGACCGGCGCUACACCCCUGUGGUGAUGGUGGAACGUGCCAAGAUGAGCCGUGCCAUGUGGGAGUCUCUCAAGGCACACAUCAUUCGAGACCGCAAGAGGAAGAAGGAAGAACAAGAGGCAGAUGCAGAGGAGGAGAGGCUGCGUAAGGAGAGAGAGACACGCAAGAAGCAGCAGGCGAUGACACUGGAGGAGACGAGAGAGAAGAUUGUACAGAUGGAGCAGGACCUUCAUGACCUUAAGAAGCAGAAGCACCAGCUCUUCCAGGAACUUAAAGUGGUGCUCAAUGAGGACGACACCAGGAAGCGGGCGCAGCAGCAGCAGAACUACAUGAAGGAGAGUGAGAUGAUGACAGUGCACUCCUAUCAGCACGGCGCCAUCCCGCUCAGUGGCCACCCUCAGAUGUUGUUUCAGUCCAACCUGGUGGCGGGACGUGGGCCUCUGCAUAGCUACAAGGUGCCCCCCGCCCAGCCCCAGCCCCUCGUGCCCCCGGGCUCACUGAAGAGGUCGCGCACCCCCUCACCGCCCCCACAGCAGCCCACCUACCAGCAGAUGCCGUAUACCUCAUUCAAGAACCUGUCUGGCCACCCUCCUCCCACUGUUCCUGUCACCCCUCCUACCACCAAGACCACCAGCAACACCAGCGUCUACGUCACAGGCCAGAGUCCGUACUACCAUGGUGCGUCCCAGCCACACUCCAAUGCCUCGCAGUACCAGAGGACCUCCCAGGGUGUCACCUACCUGCCCCCCUCCAACCCCUCGCACUCCAAUCCCUCUGGAGCACCUGCCUCACUGCCCCCACAGCCCUCACCACAGCCCCGUGAGGAUAAGCAUCUCCAGCCUGUGUAUUUGCAGAGUAGUAGAGGAAGCCACGUGUCCUCCCUACACCAGCCCAUGGAGCACAAGAGCAAGCCAGGGGGAGGGGGCGGUGCGUUCCUCCCAGGGGGCGAGGGUGGCGCAGUGCAGGAGAAAUACUUCCAGCCCUCUGUGCGGUCCCACCUGGCGCUGCACUCAGCCGUCUUGCCUGUACAGCAGCCACACCCAGGGGGCGCCAAGAGUGGCAGCAUAACGUCAGGCUUCCCAGUGCGCUCUGCUCCUCCCUCCUCCCAAACCACUGUGGUCAGCUCAACUCCACAUUCUGUCAAGCCAGACAACAAGCCCAGGUCGUACAACACAGCGCCGUCUAGUUAUUCCCGUGGGCCGUACUACUAAGCCAGCACUGGACUGCGAGGGAUGUGUGGAGCCGACACUCACACACACACACACGUCCAUACCGCUGCUGAAGGAACGGCUGCAUGCACUCUACAUCUUGGUGUCCUGGUGAGAGAGAGAGUGAGAAAGAGAGAGAGUUGUGUGAGUUUGUGUAUGUGUGUAUUUUUUUACCUGUGUUUUAAAAGUAUCUCCUGUUUUUUUCUGUGUUAAAUUAUGUUUUAUUGAUCUCUAAAUUGAUUUGUAUAUAUUGUGUGCAUGUGUGUGUGUGUGUGUGUGUGUGUGUGUGUGUGUGCGGGUGGUUGGUAUAUAAAUAGUUACAGAAAAAAAUGAAAUAAAAUAAGAAAAAGAAAGAAAACUAUGCAAGGGAAAACUUUGGAAAGCAGCAACUCAUGUCAUGAAAUCUGUAAAACCAAACUGAAGAGAGAGAGAGAGAGAGAGAGAGAGAGAGAGAGUAAUCAUGAACAACCCUGAUUACGAGAACUAUUGAGAGAAAAAAGAAUAUAAAGAAAAAUUGAUGCGUUCCACAGUUUCCAUGCAUAGUGACACAAUGCACUGUACAUAAGUGACAAGUAAUGACAGGCUAGGCGGGUUAGGUUAGGUUAGGUUAGGUCAGGUUAGGUUAGGCAGCAAGGGUGAGGGGGUGUAGUGUGAGGAGCUGAGGUAGUGGUGUGUAGUGUUAACCAUUAAGAGGAGGUGGAAUGUGAUGGAUUACUUCAGGUCUUGACUUCUGCUGUGAUAGAGAGAGAGAGAGAGAGAGACUGUAUGUGGAUGGAUGGACAAAUGGAUGAGGAUGGCCAGACAGACAGAUACACAGACAUACAGACACAGAAAUUAAUGAUAUGUACGAAUGUGAAUUAACAGACAGACAAACUGCAGACACGUACACACUGACAAAUAGAUUAACUGAAUAGACACACACACACACACACACGAGAAAAUAGAGCAGAUAUGUAAACAGACAGAAAAGAAUGAGAUACAGACACACAGACAGACAUACAAUUUACCUAACUGACAGACAGAUAGACAGACAAUUUACUUAACUGACAGACAAAUUAUAAUUACCUGACUGACAGACACACAGACAGGCAGACAAAUUAGCAAACUUACAGACACACAGACAGACAGACAAAUUAGCAAACUUAGACACAGACAAAUUAGCAUACUGACAGACAUAGACAGACAAAUUAGCUAAUUCACACACACAGACAGACAAAUUACGUGACUGACAGACACUAACAGACAGACAGACAGACAUGUUGAUCUCUCAUUACGCCUCAUUCAAAAACACCUCUGCGUCACACCUCCACUACUUACAAGAGGCUCUAAUUGAAGGUGUACAAACUCUCAAGGGUGUUUUUCAUGGUUGUAGUGACAGAUUAACAAAAAUUUCUACAUUAUGAGCAGAAGAAACUUGAGAACCUGGCUAAUCAUCCCUGUGGCCUUGGAAAACAGUCGUGGUGAGAGCAAAGUGUUCCUAAGUAGAGGCGUGAGUGUGUGGCAGAGCAUGAACUGUAACAUAAGAAGCAAACAGGAAGAGUACAAAAUUCUAGAAGGCAUUGUUAGAAGAAGCAGUAAUUGCCUUCUUGGGAUUGCACAAUGAUAUAAUGGUGUAACAAUUCCUGAUCAUUCCUUUCCGACUACUGUACUAACCCAUCUUGUACAACUGGUAUAUUCCUUUGUCGUAAAAUAAACUAUCCUGUACAGUGA